AUGUACGUAUUCAUUGCUCUGGUACUUAUGCAAGGCCUGAUCCAUUUACCACACCUUAGUGAUUACUGGAGAAAAGACUUUCUUUUGGCUGGACCCCAAGUUUUUUCCGCCACCAUAAUGAGUAGGGAUAGAUUUCUAUCUAUCAUGAAAUUUUUACGCUUUUCUGACCCUAAAGCCACCGACCCAUCUAGACCCAUGACCCGUUUGGCAAUGUUCUUCGCUUUUAUAAAGGAAAAUACGAUGAUUGCGAUUGAUCCAGGCGAAACUUUUGCACUUGAUGAAUGCCUUAUGUUGUACAAGGGCAGACUACAUUUCAAACAGUAUAUCAAAUCCAAAAGAUCUAGAUUUGGAAUCAAACUGUUUGCUCUGUGCCCUAGAGAUCCCAAAUUUAGAGGCUAUACCUACAGUUUUGCAUUGUACAUCGGUAGAGACAUAUAUAACGUUGCACACAUUCCAGGAACUGAUGCGCUUUCGAUGUCUGAAAGAGUGGUUGUGUAUAUGCAGUCAAACUUACUUGAUGAAGGCCGUGAAGUGAUCUUGGAUAAUUGGUACGUGUCAGUUAGGUUAGUUGAGUUCUUGUUGACACGAAAUACUUACGUGACAGGUAAAAUUAGAACCAACAGGGGAGUACCGUCUGAGUUCACACAACUUCAGUUGAAAAAAGGACAGUCGUGUUUUAUUAGAAAGGGAGAUGUACUGAUUGUGCGUUAUAAAGACAAAAAGGACGUUUAUGUGAUCACAUCGAAACUGACCGCUGAUUUCGUUCAGAAAGACCAGUAUUCCGUUGUCGAUAAACGCGUUGUAGUAUUACAAAAGCCAAGUCAUGUGGAUCACUAUAAUUCAAAUAUGGGUGCCGUUGAUGCAACGGAUCAGGACAUGGAACCAUACAAUGCAGCACGGAAGAGCUACGCCUGGUUCAAGAAAGUUGGGAUCCACGUGUUACAGAGGAUGGUACUGAAUGCCAAAGUCCUCUACUCGGUUACAAACAAACGAAAAGUAGAUAUGAAAGACUUCACAUUACAGUUAUGUGAUGAAAUUCUUGCCAAACAUCUUUCAGACUAUACAGCAAUGCGUGAUCAACACAAAAACGCGAAAAGGCAAAAACUUAGUGAACCAUCAACAUCAAGGUUGGCAGGACAUGAGCUCGUUCGACACGAGACGCAGAUGCUGGGUAUGCUACAACAUUGA